CCGAACCUCCAGCUCCUUCUGCAGACUCGGAUGGCCCGAAGCCCCCCCUGCUUCCGAUUCCCAAGGGAGACCCCUCCUCCCACCUCAGGAAGCAGCCCCCACCUCUCCCUGUCCAGACCUCUGUCCAGAGCACCGAUUCCUCCGAGCAAUCCCCCCAGGGCACGGAAGGGGCCCAGGCCCCACGUUGGACACCCAGCGAGUCAGAGAGCGUGGGGGACACCCCUCUCAGCCCGCUCCUGAAGGGCAGCUUGAGCGAGGAGCUCAGCCACAGCUUCCUCAGCCUGGCCCUGCCGGAGUCCAGCAGCCACAGCCGGCGGGAGAAGCACCACUCGGGCGCCGAGUACCAACCCCUGGAGCCCCGUCCCGAAGGUCCCCACAAGGCCGGCUCGUCCGACAGCUGCUUCAGCGGCACCGAUAAGGAGACCCCCAGCACCUUGAGCAGUUACCGCAGCGAGAAAACCAACUCUACCCACUUGGACAGCCCUUCCUUGGGGCCCGGCCACGAAGAGGGGGUCCCGGGGGAGGAAGCCGGUCCCUCCUCGCCUCCCCCGGCCGACGGGGGCAGCGACACGGACGCCCUGUCCGACAGCGAGCUGAUCCGUUCGCCCGAGCUGGCUUUCCUGGGGGAGCUGAGCUUCGACACCCAGAACACGUUCAACUCCCUGGAGACGGUCAAAGGGGACGGCGAGGCGUGGGGGGGCCCCAAGCCAGAGCAAGUGGUCCGGCCGAAGGAUUUGGGGCUGAAGAGCCGGGCCCGCCUCUCCCGGAAGCACGGCAGCUCCUACCUGCCCAUGCGCACCCUCCUGGACAGCAAGGCCUACACCGAAGGGUUCUUUGCCGACGAGGACUCCAGCGACUGCAGCGACCUCAGCCGGGCCUCGAGUUUGCACUCGCAACACAACUACAGCUCAGACAGCUCCUCCAGCACCUCCUGCUACUCCCCCGAGCGCCACGCCCCGGCCCAGCACAGCCGGCACGGCGUCCCCGUGGCCGAGAGCAAACCCCCUCCCCCUCCGCCGGACAGCUCUGCGCUGCCCGCCAUGCCCUGCCAUUACGCUCAGCGCACCGGGAGCACCACCAGUGCCAAGACUCACGCCCGGGUGCUCAGCAUGGACAGCAGCAGCCAGCUGGCCGAAGGGAAGCCUCCCGGCACUCUGACCGUUUCCAAGUCGGACCUGGAGUCUCAUGCAGGGAAACUGACCGGGGAACAGGAGCUGGGCAGUGCCGUGCGCAGCCAGUCAGCCAACCAGCCCGGCUGGCGGGGAGAGUUGCAAGCCGAGGGGGCCAUCGGGGGAG